UCUCAUAUUCAUUUUUUCACCUAGUUGUAUCCAAAUAAAAAAAUGGCCAAGAGACCAUUUUUUGAGUUUAUUUUGCAGGUGAUAAAUUUAGUGUUGUCUGUGUUGGGUUUAGGAACCCUAGGGUUUGGACUUGUUUGCUUCUUCAAGUCCAAACAAAACAUUCCAAAUGAUUUUCAUAACACUUUGAUUAUCUAUGUUACAAUUGGAGUUGGUGCAAUUUUAUUAAUUAUCUCUUGUUUGGGUUCUAUUGGAAUAGCAAAAAGGAGCCCUUGUUGUUUGAUUACUUAUUGUGUAUUCUUGGUACCACUUAUCAUAGCUGAGUUGGGAAUUUCUCUUUUCAUAUUCUUUGAUCACAGCUGGAAAAAGGUUAUACUAGAUGGUAUAAAUAAAGAUUAUUUCACAGUCUAUAAGUUUGUGAAUCACCGUUGGAAUGUCAUCAAAUGGAUAGCUCUUGGAGUCUUUAUAUUACAGGUUAUUGCUCUGAUUCUCGCAAUAUACUUGCGAUCCGUGUUUAAUAGAGCACGAUAUGACCUAACAGACGCCGAGCGUGAACGUGGAUUGUAUCGUCAACAUCCUAGAAAAUAUACUUACGACCGUUUGGGUACACCCACGCCCACACGUAUCAUCACCAUACCAAGAUCAUCUGGUGUCAGUGUCCGUGUUAAUGGCAGUGUUUCAGCAAAACCUUCUAGCUCGCCAAAUACCAAUGCCAAUGUUUGAUGCUAGAGAUCCAUCAAACUCUACUAAAGUUGUUGUUGUUUAAUUUGAUGUAGAGUCAUUUGAAUUUAUUAUUGUUACUUUGAAAGUACAUUGAUAUAAAAUUUGUU